UGCGCCGCCGUCGCCUCCCAGCGCGUCCCUCUCCUCCGUGCGUAAAGACGCACGAACCAGUCUGACCAGUCCUGCGCAGAGAUGGCAGCCGAGCGGACCGGAGCGCGCGACCAGCUCCAGGCCGCGGACGCGGGAUGGUCCGAGGAGGACUACGGGGGACAUGCCCCGAAGCGCCACGCGCGGGUCACCGUGAAGUACAACCGGAAGGAGCUGCAGAGGAGGCUCGACGUGGAGAAGUGGAUCGACGAGAGCCUGGACCGACUUUACGCGGGUCAGGAGAGCGACAUGCCAGAGGAGGUGAAUAUCGACGAGCUGAUCGACCUGCCCAGCGACGAGGAGCGAGUCAAGAAGCUCCAGGAGCUUCUUGAAAAGUGCAGGAACUCCACAGAGACGUUCAUCAGAGAGCUGGUGGUGAAGCUGCAGGGCGUCCAGAAGCAGGACGAGCUGCAGAGCGAGGGAAUCGAACACCCGGUCAUCUGCCACAACACCCACCGCCACGAGCCGUACCACUUCAACAACCCGCAGCGAAAACACGCCCCCCAGAACCAGACCCUCUGAGGAGACACACGCACACACACACACACACACACACUGGACUGUUGAGAAAACGAAGAUGAAGGAUCGAGCCACUGUAACGUUGUGUUAACAUUGUCACUUCUGUGUUGUUCAUCACCAAUAAAGCUGAAUAAAGCUCACUAAUAAACUACA